AUGGGUGGGUUGAAGAGGAAGAUUGAUAGAGGGAAGAAGAUAGAGACGAAAGAUCCACAAGCGGUUGUUUUCUCAAAACGUCGUAAGGGUCUUUACAGCAGAGCCUCUGAGCUUUGUCUUCUCUCCGACGCUCAGAUUGCGAUCAUAGUGACUCCGAUUUCUUCUAAUUCACAUGCCGCUUUCUACACUUUUGGCCACUCCUCUAUCAAUGGUGUUGUUGUAGCUUUCCUCGCGGAUCAGACUCCUCUUUGGGAUGAUGAUGAUGAUGAAAAGUUAGGGUUUUGGUGGGAAGAUGAGAGUCUCGCCAAUUCAGACUAUCCGGAGGAUUUGGGUGCCGCUAUUGAUUCAAUGACGAAGAUGUUACACGACCUGAAGGAGUUGCAGAAUAAGCAAAGGGAUCGUGUUGACGUGGAGGAGAAGGAGAAGGGUGGUUCACAUGUAACUUAUCUCAAGAACGAUAUGAAGGAGUUGGAAGAUAAGCAAAGAGAUCUUGUGGAAGUGGAGAAGGAGAACAACAACAAUGCUUCACGUGAAAACGUGGGUGGAUCAUGCAACCAAGGGGCAAGGGCUGGAGGACUUUGA